UUUCCCGGAAGCUGGAACAAAAGAGCAUCCGGAUGGCUGACCAAGGACCCUACGCGUGUCGCCGGCAAGAGUUGCCCAUCGCGGAUUUAUGUUUUUAGUUAGUUUGUGUUGGUGGACGUGAUAAUAUACCAGAUUGCUCGGAUGUACUGACCUCAAAGUAUGUCCAGGUAGUGUAGGUGAAUCUAGUCCAAAACCAAAAUGAGAAAUUAUCCAUACGUUCCCAGUAUGGUACAAGCAAUCACUGUCCUCACUGUUCUGAAGAUGAUGACCAAAGCCCAAACAUCAUGUGGUUCUGGAUCAAUAAAUGGAAAAAUAAUGUAUGAAAGACUGCCCAACAUUCAGCUCCAAGGCUUCGAUGAAGACAUAGUUAGAGAUACAAUGCCACCAUUCAUGGUACUAGAGAAAUGCCAGGAUCUCUGUUUGAAGGAUAGAAAUUCGCAAAACAUCGUUAGAGCCUGUGCUUCCUUUGAUUUUCAGCCAGGCAGUCGCAUAGCCACCUAUAAUGGCGGACCUGAAUACGAGGAAUCAACGUGCUACCUAUCGCCAAACCAGGCUAGACCUGAAGGUAUGGGAAGUCUCAUGAUCGUCCCCAACAGUGUCCACUUCAACGAGGUUUGUCUGACAUCUAACAAACCAGAUCGAGAAUGUCCUAACAGAAGAUAUGUUUUUGAACGUCAUCCUCGGAAACGUCUAAAGUUACCAAUGCCUGACGUGAAAGAAGUAACAGCGUCUAACAGAACUGAAUGUGAAGAUAAAUGUCUGGAUGAAUUCAGUUUCGUCUGCAGAUCAGCAACGUUUGACUCUAACCAAGGAAUGUGCUUUUUGAGCAGGUUUACCAGAAGGACACAUCCUGAAAUGUUGCAGGACGAUCCAGAUGCUGAGUAUCUUGAAAACACUUGUUUGAGUGCUGAAAGGAGAUGCGACGGUCUCGCUGUCUUCAUCAAGGAAGAAAACAGACGCCUUGGAGGUCCAUUCGAGGUAGAUUCAUACACCAACAUCACCCUGGAGGAAUGUCAAGGCAUGUGUGUUAGAGCAGAGAAGUACUUCUGCAGAUCCAUAGAAUACGACGAGAUGACUAAACAGUGCACCAUCUCCGAAGAGGACUCUGUGUCACAGAAAGACGAUAUAUCUCUGGCGAGCAGCCCCACUCAUCAUUUCUAUGACUUCGCAUGCUUGGACAGUCCAACCUAUCUGCAGAACCGACAUCAGCGAAAUUUAGAACCUCGAGGCUCUGAAUACCCAGACAAUUCUGUCACUUCCCAUCUUUUCACCGGCAAGAAACCCGAUACAGCAUUCCAGAGGUACAGGAACAGCAGACUUGGUGGUGAACACCACUCAGAGAUAUCUGGAAGAUCUCUAAGCGAGUGUUUGGACGAAUGUUUACGACAACCUAGUUUUCAGUGCCGUUCAGCUGAGUACAGCGAACGCUACAGGACUUGCAGAUUAACUAGAUACAACCAGAAGGAUGGCAUGAGGAUAAUAUAUGACGCCGAUUAUGAUUACUAUGAGAAUUUGAUGCUUGGAGGUGACAGUGAAGGAAGACCAGGUGGAGAAGGUGGAGGUGGAACUUACAGACCUGGGGAAUAUCCCCAUAGACCUGGAGGCGGCGACUAUCGACCCGGUUAUCCACGUCCUGGGGAUGAUUACCCAGGUAGACCUGGUGAUUACCCCAUACGACCUGGUGGCGACUAUCCUCCAAGACCUGGCGGUGAUUAUCCUAUAAGGCCUGGUGGCGACUAUCCCAUCCGACCAGGUGGAGGAGAUUAUCCAAUUAGACCUGGUGGUGAUUACCCUAUCAGACCUGGUGGAGGUGAUCCAAUAAGACCUGGUGGUGAUUAUCCGAUUAGACCAGGUGGUGAUUAUCCAAUAAGACCUGGUGGUGACUAUCCUGUAAGACCAGGAGGGGGUUAUCCUCCUCGACCUAUCUAUCCUCCAGAUGAUUACUCGCCAAGACCUAGACCACCGUCUUAUAGACCAAGCAGCAGCGGGGGUGAUUACGAAGAUAGAGAUAGGUACUAUCCAAAACCGCCUUAUUCAAGAGUACCACCAGAUGAUUACCCUAUAAGACCUCUGGGACCUCCGAGAGAGGGUUAUCCAGAUAGAUAUCCAGAUAGGUACCCUUCUAAGGACAGGUAUCCCUACUAUCCUCCUUCAUCCAGUGGUGGCAAAUAUCCUUCGAAAUAUCCUAGACCAACAGAGGGUGACAGGUAUGGCGACAGGGAUAAAUAUGGAGGUGACAGAGACAAAUAUGGUGGUUAUGGAAGCAGAUACGGCGAAAGAUAUCCAGAUUACGAAUACCCUGUUGGAGGCAACUACAGGCCAAGUAGCUCAGGUGCAGAUAAAUACGGAGGUGGUGGGGGAAGUUCAUACGACCACAGAUAUGGCGGCGGUCGAUACCCCGACAGAUAUGGUGAUAGAUACGGUGAUAGAUAUGGUGACAGGGACCAUGGCGGCGACCGCUACGGUGACCGCUUUGGAGGGGGCAACCGCUACGACUACUACGGAGAUGAAAAGAAUGGUGGUAGCAGAUGGUUCUUCCGACCAGACAGACCAGAUAGACCAGAUAGAAGACCAAUUGGUAGACCUGUAGAUCCCAUACCUCUUCCCUACGAUCCCAUAAGGCCAAGUGGUGGUGGAGGUGUUGGAGGAGGUGGAAGACCUCCAUACGACCCAUUAAGACCAGUAGGAGGUGGCAGACCACCAUACGGUGGAAGACCGAUAUCACCAGGGCCAGACGGGCCAAUUUACGACACUUUUGGGGGUAUUGGACCUAACAGGCCGUAUAGUUCGAGAUGUGAUGAAGGAGGCAGUUUUAAACAGAUUGGAACAAGGCAAAGAGCGAGGAAGGAGUUUAUCAGGAAGUUCAUCAACGCGCCAUCUCUUGUCGGUUGCGAGAGGGAAUGUAAUGAUAUGAGAGAUUUCAUCUGUAGAUCCUUCAAUUACAGGGAUAUACCUUCUGGUGGUUAUGAAACUAAUCGGGAUAACUGUGAACUGAGCGAUAGAGAUUCUAGGGAUAUGGAAAUCAAUAAUCCUCAAUACUUCGAGACUGGAGGAACUUAUGACUACUACGAGAGGUCUUUGAGUAGAAAUGGUGUUGAUGGAGACUGUUUGGAUGUGAGCCAAGUCUGCAACGAAGAUGGAAUGGAAUUCACCCUGAGAACUCCAGAAGGUUUCUAUGGAAGGAUCUACACGUAUGGCUUCUACGACAGGUGCUUCUUCAGAGGAAAUGGUGGAACUAUCAAUGUUCUUCGCAUCAGCGGUGCUCAAGGGUAUCCAGAGUGUGGGACCCAAAGAUAUGGUGACACCAUGACCAAUAUCGUGGUGGUACAAUUCAGCGAUUACGUCCAAACUGGAAAGGAUAAGAGAUUCAACCUUACUUGCUUAUUUAGAGGACCAGGAGAAGCAGUUGUGUCCUCAGGUUUUAUAGGAGCUGGAUCUGGCAGUCCAGUACCAAUUGAAUAUUUACCGGCCGAAAACACUCUAAGCUCUAAGGUUCGACUGAUGAUUUUGUAUCAGGGCAGGCCUACGACUACCAUAGCUGUUGGAGAUCCUCUUACUUUCAGGCUUGAAGCACAAGACGGAUAUAACUAUGUUACAGAUAUUUUCGCCACCAACGUAGUUGCCAGAGAUCCAUACACAGGAAGAUCGGUUCAGCUUAUUGACAGAUUUGGAUGCCCAGUGGACACCUUUGUCUUCCCAGAACUAGACAGAGGACGAAGUGGCGACAGUCUGGAAGCAAGAUUCAACGCUUUCAAAAUCCCUGAAUCAAACUUCCUAGUUUUUGAAGCUACAGUAAAAACAUGCAAAGACGGUUGUCAACCAGCCUACUGUCCUUCUGGUUCCGGAAGAUCAGAGCCAUCUUUCGGUCGUCGCAGAAGAUCUAUAAACGACACGAUGAUGAUAGAUGGUUCCAACAACACGGUAAUCGAAGUAACAGGAAGUAACAUCGGUAAUAAAACAGAAGAAACUAGCGUGGUCAGUUUUCCACAGACUGAGAAGAGUGAGGAGAUUGAGAGUGAUAAGGGGGCGCCAGAAUCGCCGGAAUUCGUCAGGGAGAUGAUCGAGGUGUUCGAUUCAAGAGAAGAACUCCAACAAGAAGCCCAAAAAGCCGAGUUAGUCCCAGAAACAGUGUGCUUAACCAAAGGAGAGUACCACGGCUUGGUGACAGUCCUAUUCUCUCUCCUGGCUCUUCUUUUAACAGUUGUGGUCCUUGUCAGUUGGGGCUACCGCCGCUACUGGUCUGUAAUACAGAAGAACAUCAUAGUAAAUAGGUCGUCCUCCAACAUAUCAACCUUCUCCUCCACGUCUUACCCUAAUACGAGGAGCAGCAACGUAUCUGGGGGUAUUUCAAUGUUCGGAACUGGAUUUGGAAAGUCAUUUGCUGGAUUUGGAAGGGCUAGGCAUUUCCCAAGCUUACCCAGAGACGAUCCUGAUUCUCCGAAUCCUGCUCCUGGAGGUCCGUUCGAAGAUCCAAGCGAACCAAUCUAUAUCGAUCCUUCGCUUUUUGAGAGAUCAAGGAGUUUACGGAGUAUAGCUGUCACUCCGAAAAGAAGAACUUCUAUCAGUUCGUAAUUUAAGUAAUUAGUUCUCUGUUCAGACUUUUCUUCCUUUUCAACCUCAAUUUAGAAUACCUCUUUGAAAAUGUUACUAAGAUAUACCAUAGUUUAAGUAAAGACAACUAGAAAUUUUCACUGCCAGAUCAGGUCCUUCAAGAGAAAAGACAUUUUAUUUUAGAUUUGUUCGAAAACCUUUGAUAUUUAUUUGAUUUUUCAUGUAUUCGAAAAAUAUGUUUUAUUUCUCUCUAGUUCUAAAAACUUGCACUUCUAGUCGAUAAAUUCCUAAUGAUCUGUUAAUAAUCUUAUUAAAGUUAAGAUUCAAUUUUAUUUAUUUAAGAGAACACAGCACUGCUUUUGUUGAACUUAUUCUCAUGAAAUUGUUACUUUUCAUUAGGCCAUACCUCUUUUUAUAUAUUUAAUUUUAUAUUGUGUAUAUACUUACUUUAUCUGCAAUAAAUAUUUGAGAAUUGA